AUGCUUUCCAAGACCCUCCUCCCUCUUCUUUCUCUUGCGACGCUCGCCGUCGCCGCGGCACCGCCCUCCCGCCGCUCCCAGUGCUCCAACAGCAAGUACACCGCGGAGAACCUCAAGUGCUGUGUCUGGUACGAGAUCCUUGACGACCUCCAGGAGAAUGUCUUCGACAACGGCCAGUGCAUCCAGGAGGCCCACGAGGCUCUUCGUUUGACCUUCCACGACGCCAUCGGCUUCUCCAUCAAGGACAACGUCAAGGGCGGUGCGGACGGCUCGAUCAUGGCGCACUCAGACAUCGAGCUCCUGGACGUCGCGAACGGCAACAUCGACGACAUCCUCAACCACAUCCACCCGCUCGCGAUCAAGUACCCUGUCUCGUUCGGCGACUUCAUUCAAUUCACCGGCGCCGUUGGCACUGCGAACUGCAAGGGUGCGCCGCGCCUCGAGUUCCUCGCCGGCCGCUCGAACAGCUCCGUCGCCGCGCCCCCCGGCCUCAUCCCCGCGCCGUUCCAGGACGUGACCACGAUCCUGGCGCGCAUGGCCGACGCCACCUUCAGCCCCGAGGAGCUCGUCGCGCUCAUGGCGAGCCACUCCGUCGCCGCGCGCGACGCCAUCGCCGACCCGAGCCAGCACGCGCGCCCCUUCGACACCACCCCUGACGCCUUCGACGCCCAGUUCUUCGUCGAGACUCUCCUCGUCGGCAAGGCCCUCCCCACCGGGGGCUCGACCCUCGGCGAGUCCCCCUCGCCAAUCCUCGGGGAGAUCCGCCUCGCGUCGGACGGGCUGCUCGCGCGCGACCCGCGCACGGCGUGCGAGUGGCAGUCGUUCGUGACGGACCACGAGGCGAUGAACCGCAAGUUCAAGGCGGCGAUGGCGAAGCUCGCGGUGCUCGGGCACGACCGCGCGAGCCUGCACGACUGCUCGGAGGUGAUCCCGAUGCCGAAGCGCGGCGCGGGCCAGCAGGCGGUGUUCCCGCCCGAGACGAGCAUCAAGGACAUCGAGCAGUCGUGCAAGAGCACGCCGUUCCCGAUCCUCAAGAUCACGCCGGGCAAGCAGCUCGUCCUUCCCAUCGUUCCUUCUGCUUAA